AUGGCCGCCAACCAGUCUUCAGGCAUUGGCGAUAUAUCGGCCAGGGUCAUGGGAAGAGAGACCAACUUGAUCAGCCAUGCUGACAUGGCGAACUAUGACUCGGAAUUUCAGACGAUCCGGAGACGGACAAGGUUAACGAAAUCGGAGUACACGUCAACACCGACCCAGAUGAAACUGCACUUGUGA